AUGUACAAUUGCCUGGAAGACUGUUUGCUUUGUGCGGCCUUAGGCCUCAAAAACAAGCCUAAAAAGAAAGGUCACAUUCAGCCCGACCUGAUCGAUGUUGAUUUAAUCAGAGGCUCCACAUUUGCCAAAGCCAAGCCUGAAAUCCCGUGGACAUCACUAACUCGGAAAGGAAUUGUGAGAGUCGUAUUUUUUCCAUUAUUCAGCCAGUGGUGGAUACAGGUUACUUCCCAGCGUAUUUUUAUGUGGCUCCUGGUGCUCUACCUUAUGCAAGUGGUAGCAGUUGUGUUGUAUUUCAUGAUGCCUGUUGUGAGUGCGAGUGAAGUCAUGGGACCAAUGUGCCUUAUGUUACUGAUGGGGACUGUUCACUGUCAGAUAGUGUCCACCCAGAUAAACAAACCCUCAGGGACCAAUGGACUCAGCAGGCGACGGAGGAAAUUACGCAAAUCUGUGGGUGUUGAUGGGAACAGUUGGUCUUCUCCUGACAAAGCCAGUAAAGAAGAGCAAUCAGAAUCUGCAUCCAUUUGUGAGUAGCUUUUCUCUGACAUAAAAGCAUCUAAUUGUAUUUUCUCUCACAGAAUCAGAAGAGUAAAGCUGGUAGCUGAGAAAGGGACUGAGACAGAAAACGGUGUGAGUGCUGUGAAUAAUGGCAUUAAACACAGACAUGCCAGAUCUGAAUACAGGCCAUUGCCCUUCAAAGAGAAAAAUAAACUUUCCGAUGGGGAAAAGAGUCAUCAGGAUGAGUGCACCAACAUAGGUGGUAUUUCUGAUGAGCUUUCAAGUGAGGAAGAUGCUGAAGCAAUGGCACAAAGGAGCUUGUUACGCCAGAGCGUAGAAGGGGCCUCCAGUGACAAUAGCUACGAAGAUAAGAAAAAGAGGCCCCUUGUUUCCCUGAACCAGGCUGUCUCACAGGUCAAGCAGGCUCUUAAAGGUGCAAGAGAUUCUGACAGUGUCGUGGAAUCUGAACUAGAAUCCACGUUAUAUAGCCAGGACUCAAGGUCCUGUGUUAGUACAGGAUCCCGCAGCUGUAGUGUGACCCGGCGAGACUCCGAAAGUACCCGCCAUGACUCUGAGACAGAAGACAUGCUUUGGGACGAUCUGCUUCACGGGCCAGAGUGCCGCUCGUCCUGCACCAGCGACAGUGAGGAAGUGACUGUGAGAGGGGCCAGGCGGGACUUGAAGGAAGAUGUUUUUCAGCAGAACCAUUUGUUUUGGCUACAGAAUACAAGUCCAGCAUCUGCAAAAGUGAGUGCACUGAUCUGGGAAGGAAAUGACUGUAAGAAGGUGGACAUGUCUGUGCUGGAGAUCAGUGGGAUUAUCAUGAGCAGGGUUAAUGCCUACCAACAGGGAGUAGGGUAUCAAAUGCUGGGCAACAUCAUCACCAUUGGAUUAGCGUUCCUGCCAUUCCUCUACAGACUCUUCCACACAGAUAACCUGGAACAGCUGUGCUCCAUUUCCAUAAAGGAGCUUUUGCACAUCUUUUGUGGAGCACCUGCUAGCACACCUGUCAUUGUUUUGUCUGCUAUCAACUUUCUUGAACGACUUUGCUUAACCUGGAUGUUUUUCUUCAUGAUGUGUGUUGCUGAGAGAACAUACAAACAGAGGUUUUUGUUUGCCAAACUUUUUAGUCACAUUACAUCAGCUCGGAAAGCCAGGAAAUAUGAAAUUCCUCACUUCAGACUCAAGAAGGUAGAAAAUAUUAAGAUCUGGUUAUCCCUUCGUUCUUAUCUAAAGAGGCGAGGCCCCCAGCGAUCUGUAGAUGUUGUUGUAUCAUCAGUCUUUUUACUGGCACUUUCAAUCGCUUUUAUAUGCUGCGCCCAGGUUCUUAAGGGUCACAAAACAUUUCUGAAUGCAGCUUACAACUGGGAGUUCCUGAUCUGGGAGGCAGCACUUCUUCUCUUUUUACUGCGCCUGGCAUCCUUGGGCUCUGAAACCAACAAGAAAUACAGUAAUAUUUCAAUCCUGCUCACUGAGCAGAUAAACUUAUACCUAAAGAUGGAGAAGAAGCCAAACAAGAAAGAACAGCUGUCUCUAGUAAACAAUGUUUUGAAACUAUCUACAAAGCUACUGAAGGAAUUAGAUACACCAUUUAGGCUGUAUGGACUGACCAUGAAUCCAUUAAUCUACAACAUAACACGUGUGGUGAUACUUUCUGCUGUCUCAGGUGUUAUAAGUGAUCUUCUAGGAUUCAAUAUCAGAUUAUGGAAAAUUAAACCAUGAACUGACCAACAUCAGCAGUCAGCCUUCUCCAACAGAACGACAAGACCAGAGAAGAUAACAGAAGAUAAAAAGCAGAGGUGCUCAAAUUAUGGAAAUCUGUAACUACACUUUCUUUAACAGAUGUUCAAUGUAUGUAGCCAAGCUUUUUCCCUCUGCUUUACUGUUCUACAGCCUACAGAAUAAACUGGUCUAACUAGACUAAAGUCACCCCCAUGUUGUGCACAUGUACUAAAACAAAAUAAAUGGGGGAAAAAAAAUAGCUUGCACUGAAAACAGCAGGAACUAUGUGCACAUUAUUUGGGGCAUCAAACACUGAAAGGCAUGCUACAGUUCUUACUGGAAGGAAACAGAUGAUUGCUACAGCUGCCUUGUUUCUUUAAGAUCUGAAUCCUCUGCCAGUGAAGAGUCAGUCCUGCUGUUUCAGUUAGUAGCAUCCUUUUUCAAAGAGCUCUGGUGCUGUACUCACAUUUUUCAAAUUUGCGCAGCUGUCUUCAGAGCUCUUUUCGGAGAGAUCAUCAUCAUACAUUGAUGCAUUUAUCUGAAUGGACUGAAGAAUCUUUCUCUACUUAAAAAGCUCAAUGUGCUUUAGGCUUUGCCUCUUUAUCCUGAGCUACUGAAGGAUGCAGUGAAAUUCACUCUGCAUGAGAUGAACAUUGCCUCCAUGUUGACAGCUAAGCUUGCAGCUGCAUAGCAGCAGUGUAACAGAUUCAUGCUGAAUGGCUUUAUGUUAGGUCUGCAAAUAAAUGGUCAUUAUUUUUGAAAAACACUAGUUAUAUGAAAAUAACCUUACAACACAGACUACAAGUAAUGCAUCUCUCAAAUAGAGAAUAUUGUUGUUUUCAUUCCUGUAACUCCUCAGCUAUGUUUAUACUGAUGAUGCUUUUUAGGUUUUUCAUUCAACGGGCAGUUAAUAGCUUGUGCUAGGUACAAAGGGCAUCCUGUCAUAACCUCUUCUGAGAAGCAGCUUAACUCAGCGUUGUGAAAAGCUGUUGCAGCUUUGCACUGCAAUAGUGCCUCACAUUGGAAUAACAAAGAAAAAGAUCUGUCACGGGGAUCAGGUAAGUGGAAGAGCCAGGACAAAGAAUGUCUUCCUUAAAAAGUAGAUUAUUGUUUAGAAAUGGCACAGGAGAUAAAAUGUUUUAGUAUGUUAAACAUGUUUUCUUCAGUUUUGGUAACUGCUAUCUUGUAGUAUAUUAGUAGUGGGGAAAAAAGAAAAAACAGGACCUUUUUAUAGCUUCAUUCUUUCACAUAGGGGGGUAAGACAGAAGAGGAGAUUUGGUAGUAAAUUGUUUACAAUUAUUUUCUGCACAAGGAAAGGUUGUAAGUUGUAAAAGGAAGUGACAAUUUUGGAUAUCAAAAUGUACAAAUAAACCUACGGUACAAGUAUUUCAUCAUACACAAUUUAUACUACAUGAUUUGAUGUUUUUUAUAAUACCUUUGUUGAACAAUUGUUAUCUGAACAAGGAGGCAAGGAAACUUCCAAUAAUAAAUUGCAUUUGUUUUCCAGAAGAGUAUUAAUGUUUAUGGGUAAAACCUGGGUCAUAUAGUUAGCUGUUUAAAUGCAGGUAUCACACCACUGAAAGUCAACAAUGAAUAUAUGUUAUACAGUGCAGAACCAACAGACUAUGAACUGGAGUUUCUUUUUAAUAUCUAUAUAAAAAAUAAUGAGCGAUUUACAGGUCUUUCUCUAGUCAGAACCUCAGAAGUAUAUAUAAAGGUGCUGUACAAUAUAUAAACAUUUACACCCAGUACAUCCAUACAUUGCUUAGCAUUCCAAGGCCACAUUGCUAAGUCAUCUGAUACAGUAAGUACAGACACAAGUCCUCUGGAAGGAAGAAUCACAGACAGGUAAGACACUAAAUCAAGUCACAUUAACAAUUAGAAAAAAUAUAGUGGUAGUUUAUGACAGGGAAAUCAUUUCAGUGGUGCUAAUUCAUCUUUAUAUUAAACUUCUGAAUUUGUUACUGUACUCAAUGGUAGGGCAGGGGUGUGCAACAACAUAAAAACAGUCUUCUGUCAAGAAUACAUGGUUAAUAUCUACAUAGGCUACUUCGAAGUAUUAAAUAUUUUCACAGUCAUACUCCACAACAUGGAGCAUUUGUACAUACGCUACAUCAAAUCAAUGGAUCAUCCACUGUGAAGCAGCAGAGUGCAGUUCAGAUCUGCCUUAAAGCCUAUUUAAUUUUCAAAAAUGUUUGUUUAAAAAGCUGCUUGAGUAGUCUUCUGUACCUCUAAAGAAUUGUCCAAGUCAGAACUCAUCCACUGUGCCUCAUUAAACUUUAAAACCAUUAAACAUUUCAAAGCCAAACAAGAUGCUCAAUCACUUUCAAUUAGCAAGUUGUAUUAGUUUGGAUUUUAACAUAAGUAAAGCUUGACUGUCUGUACUUCCUUCUGCUUCUGCAAACUGCACCAAAGAGCUUCUUUUACCACUUUUUUUUUUUUUUUUUUGCAAUCAUUAAAAAAAACACCUAAUACAUCAGGAAGUCAUCACUAAAAUUUCAAAGAAAAUAAAUCCCUUCAAUUUUUUCAGUUCACUGUACUUAAAGCUAAUUAUAUGACUGGUGUGUAAGUAGAUUCUGAUGGUAACAGUCCUCAAAAUUACUUUAAAAAUAUGUACUAUAGCCCAAACAAUAGAUAUUACAUCUCAUGUACCCCGUAUUAGCAUUCUAUUUAGCACUCUUAGAUCACACACUUACUUAAAAUAUGGGAGACUUCUUCUAAUAUGCACAGGUAAGAUGAACUUCAUUCAAAAGCUGACUACAGUAGUUGGGUCUGUCCUAAAGACCAACCAUUAUCUUUAGAGAGGAGAAAAAAAAAAAAAAAAAAGAAAAUCCAAUUCUUAAAAAAAAAAAAGAAAAAGAAAAAGCCAGUUCUUAAUUAACAUUGAAUAAUGAACAAAGAAUUUCAGUACACAGCACCAGAAAGAGGCGGAAAAUAAAUACACGCUUGCUGCAUAUACUUACAAAGAAAGCCUGCCACAAGUGAAGCCAAAGGAAUUAUGCUAUUUAACAAAAACCCAGACUUUUCUCUCUCUUCAAACAGCUGUUUGUCAACAACAACUGUCUAAAGCAUCCUCAUGAAUCAAAACAAUAAAGCAGUUUUGCUGUGUUCUUAAAAAAGCAAAAGUUGCAUCAUGUCAAAUAUAAUUUUUUUUUUUUAAAUCUACAUGCUUUUAAUAUUAGGUUUUUAAAAAAAAACAAAAACAAAACCCACAUCUGUUGGACCAGCAUUAGUGGCUCAUUUGCUAGCCUAGAAUUGAUAGAACCAAUCUACCCAUCUUCUUACAGCAACAGUAAGAACAUGGGUAUUUCCUUAUGUAAACAUGCAACACGCUCUUGAGCGACUACUCAUUUCAAACAAAACCUUGUCUUUUCUGUGACUGGAAUAUAUAUGAAAAGGAUUAGAGUGGCUGGAUACAGUAGAUAACUUGGCACAAGAACAAGUGAGUCAUGAUCACAUUGGCAAUAUAGGCAUUAAAUAAUUUUGUUCAGAAACUCACAAUACUAUCUGAGAAAGCCAUAGCAGUGCAACGUUGAGAGCAGCAGAACACCGCCUUCAAAAGGACAAGGGGACAGCAGCUUAUGGAGGAGUUUCAUUUAAGCAAUCCAAAAGGUCCUUCAUGCAGCUUAGAUAAUUUAAGACUAACUCAAAUACUUUCCACCCUCAAAUCAGUUUCUGAAAAAAAAAAAAGACAGCUUUAUGAAAAGAAAUGAUGCUUUGAAAGGGCCAUCAUUAGAAAUUUGAUUAAAACUUUUUUUUUUUUUU